ACUUUAAUAUUAGAAUCUCAUAAAUGCUUUUUUUGUUUUUUCUUUUAAUGUUGAGAAUUGAGAUUAGAUUUUAAGAUGGCGUGCAUUCAUUUUUGUUCCUUUGCUCUCUUCAUUUUCCAUUCGUAGACGCCAAGAACCCUAACAGUGGAUCUUAGAUCAAAACCCAGAAGCUGAAAUCUUUGGGGCAUGAGGUUUUGCAUGUGUUCAUUUGUGGGAUUUGGGUAAUUUAUCCCCUUUUCUGGUUUGACUUUAUUUGAGCUGAAGCAAAGGAGAAUGCAGUGGACCUGGAUAAUUUGUGAGGAUAUUUAACAUCGUGUACAUUGUGCUCCUUUAAUUAUUUUCAUCAGUUGGUGUUGUGAUGGAUGGUGAUAAUGGUCUUAACAUACGUAAUUGGGGUUACUAUGAACCCGCUACGUCGUUUAAGAGCCACCUGGGGCUGCAACUGAUGUCAUCCAUGCCGGAGAAACCUUUAAUUGGAGGGUGCAAUGCCGCGGUUUUAUCUGGCACUAAUGGGGCAUUUCACCAUAGAGACAUUGGUGGUAUGCCCCAAGCUACAUACCCUAUGGAAUACAUGAGGGAUGCAUGGAUUAGUCAGAGAGACAAAUAUAUGAAUAUGAUACCUACAAAUCAUAACUAUGGUGGUAUUCCGGAGACAUCUUCAGCACAUCAAAUUCAAAUGAUUCCACCACUGGAAUUGCCAAAGGAAGAAAGGCCAGUGGAAGAGGCACCUGUUGUUGAGAAGUCAAAUGGUGGCACUCGUAAGAAAAGACAGGGCCCCAAGGUGCCCAAAUCUCCCAAGGCUAAGAAGCCCAAGAGGGGGCCUCGUGCGCCAAAGGAUGAGAAUGCUCCCUCAGUUCAACGUGCAAGGGUUCCAAAGAAAACUACUGAAAUUGUAAUAAAUGGAAUUGAUAUGGAUAUUUCUAGAAUUCCGAUUCCCGUUUGUUCAUGCACUGGAGCACCCCAACAGUGUUAUAGAUGGGGCUCUGGCGGUUGGCAGUCUGCAUGUUGCACGACAGGGAUGUCAGUGUAUCCUUUGCCUAUGAGUACGAAGCGGCGUGGUGCUAGGAUAGCUGGAAGGAAAAUGAGUAUAGGAGCAUUUAAGAAAGUGUUAGAGAAACUCGCAGCUGAGGGUUAUAACUUUUCUAAUCCAAUUGAUUUGAGGACUUAUUGGGCAAAACAUGGCACCAACAAGUUUGUCACUAUUAGGUAGGUCUACUCUAUCGUCAACUGGCUUCAUGUUCCUUUCAGCCUGUUUAUCAUGUAUAUAUUUGUGUGUUUGGCCUGAGACUGAGGCUUUUUAGAUUGUUUGUAGUGCAAGAAUUUUCGAAGUCACGAGACAUUUCCUGUUCUUCUCUAACUCUUCCUAUGUUGUAUCUUAACUUCUUUGGAUUUAGUUCUUGGGAAUUCAAUCAUUUGGUUAAUUGGUUGGUUCUGAUAGGGAACUAGCUGAUGGCAUCUUGUUUUAUUAAUAUUUAGAAGUAAAAUUUUAUCCAUUCAUGAAACUACCA